AUUUUUAAAAAAUGAUAACGAUUAUUAGUUAUAUAUUUUAAUAUAUUUUACUAAUGGCAUAAAUUUCAAUAAAUAGUAUCCAUAAACUAUACAGUUAUCUGAUUUAAAACUGUAUAACUUGUUCAACAAUUCCCGGCUUUUUCAAUUUUAUGUUUAAAAAUUGGCUCAAUAAAUUUUUAGAUUUUUCAUAUUUUAAUUUAAAAUCUGUAGUAUGGAAGGAGAAUAUCAAAUUGGUGCUCUCUGUGAAUUUAUUGCAGCAAAAUCAGUUAAUAAAAAAACGAGAAAUGUUACUGCUGACUCCAACAAUAUAGAUUCAUCAUGUAAUAAAGAAAUAGAGAAUGAAAAAAAACGUAAGUCCAAAAAGUCAUCAUCUAUUAAUAUAAAGAAACUUAAAAAAAACAAAGAAAUUCCAAUUGAACAACAAAGUAGUUCUUUAAAUAUUAAGCAAGAUCUUCCUCUUAUUGAACCAUCAGAAAAUCCACAGAAAAAUGUUUCAAAUAAUUUAUUAAUAAACAUAAGAAAGAAAAAGAAAUUAGACAAAAUUAAAAAAACUUGUACAAAGGAAAGUGAAGACUAUAUUGAAAAAGAAUCUAGGACAAUAUUUGUUGGAAAUGUUCCUGUGAAUGUUAAAAUGACAUCUAUUAAAGCACUAUUUAAACAAUUUGGAGACAUAGAAACUACUAGAUUAAGGAGUGUAGCAGUUAAAAAUCUUAAUGUCCCUAAACGAGUAUCUAUUAUGAAAGGUGAUUUUCAUCCUUUAAGAGAUACUGCAAAUGUAUAUAUACGAUUCAAAACUAUUGAACAAGCACAGAAAGCUUUAGUUUUAAAUGCAACACAGUUUGAUGGUCACAAAAUUCGAGUUGAUAUGGCAAUGAAUUCAAACCACAAACAGAAUAAAAAAAAAGGAAUUUUUAUUGGAAAUUUACCAUAUAACAUUCAAGAAGAUGAAGUGUGGAAUUUUUUCAAUGACUGUGGUGUUAUAACUUCUGUGCGUAUAGUUCGAGAUAAUAUGACUGGAGUGAGCAAAGGAUUUGGUUAUGUAGAUUUUGAGACUAAAGAGUCAGUUGAAUUAGCUUUACAACUUCAAGGAAACAAACUUCAAAACCGAAUAAUUCGCAUUAAACGAAUUGAUACACAUUCUAAUGUGAAUAAUUCAGCUAAAAAUACCAAUACUAAACCAUCAUUUUCUAAAAACUUUAAAACUUCAAAUAAAGGUCAAUCAUUCCAAGGAGAGUCUUUAAAAAUAAAAUCCAAAAAGAAACCAAAACCAACUAAAACCGAAUUAAUGAGGAGAAAAAUUGCCAAGAAGUUAGCUGUCUAAUAUUAAUACUUCGAUUAUAAUGAGUAACAUUUUCAUAAACUUUAUCAAUAAUUGACCAUUAGUAUUAAUGUUAAUAAUUUUAGACAUUCUGCUGUAAAAAAUAAACUAAAUUUGUUGACAAUUUUAA